AUGGAAGAUUCAUUGACACUCUCGUCGACCCUCAAGUCACACAAGCUGAUUGAGAGCAACUACAACUUAGCUCUCAAGCUUUUUGUCAACAAAAACUUCGAGAAAUCGUACGGAUUAACAUCCCAACUUUACCAGCAAGGGUUUAGCGACUUCAAGAAUGGAUUUAUUACUGAAAAGCUCUUCAUCAAGAUAAUAAGCUUGUAUAUCAUUGAGACAGGCGUGUCAUUGACUCAGCCUGGCCUUAGUGACGACAGAAAGGCACAUACCAUCAAUGCAAUCAAAGAAGAAGAGGUCCUCAAAAGAUUGAUCAACUUGUAUCAGUUUGAGUACUUGAUUCCCCUAGAAAUUUUGUAUAACCAUUACUUGCUGAUAAUUAGCAACAAGGAAUUGAUCUUGGGGGCUGAUAGUAGCUGGUUCAUUAAGAAGUUGGGUCGGUUAUACUCGUCGAUCAACCAAGGCCCUCAAGAUGACAAGUACUUGAAGAAGCUCAUUGAUCUUUAUGUGUUUGAAAUAUUACCAACGUAUGACAACUUUGACGAAUCUGAGAUUAUUAUCAGGGAGGACCAGCUUUAUUCGACCGAUUUGGAGUCCAACCUUGCUAAAUUGAAAGAAAUCAAACAAUCCAAGAAGACCAAGCAAGAUGCAGAGAAGAAACGAAUGAAGGAGAAGCAAAAGUUAGAGAAGGAGUUGAAACAAAAGGAGUUGCAGAAACAGAAAGAAUUGGAAAAAAGUCAGAAUUUGAAUUAUAAGUCCAUCAAAGAAAUCCAGAAACAGUACUCGGGGGAGAGUUCCGAGCCUCGCAACUUACCUGCAAAGACCACCAGCCAGUUUGAGGAAAUCCGCAAGAAAUUGAUGUAUGUCUAUGGAAUAUCCAAAAACUACCUUAAGGACAAUGGCAUCGUGGUAGCAUUGGUCAUACUAGCAUUGGUCGCCACCAGCAAGUUUGUGAACUUCAGGAAGAUAAACUUCAAGGAAAGGGUGAGAGAAACUAUCAAGAUGGCCUUCCAGAUCAGCUACUUGUAG